AUGAACUCUCUAAAGAAAAAGAAGCAAGACAUCCUUUGGGGCAAAAAAUGGAGAAACCUUAUACAGCAAAAGGCAAUUAAAGAAGAAAUGAACAAGCAGCUGAAGGCCUCUCUGGAGAAGCAAAAACAGGAGGAGGAGGAAAAGGAGUGCACCUUCAAGCCACAGACCCUGUGGAAUCAGAGCUUUAAGAAAACAAUUUCCUUCGUGGACGAGUUUUUCGUCAAGUUGAAGCCGUACAUAGAGCAGCAACAAGCCUACCUAAACCAGCUGAAGGAGCUCGAGCGAGACGACGAAAUAUUCGCGCAAAAAAUUAAGGCAAGCGAAGAGGACACACGCACAAAUACGAACGAAGAACUGCGAACCAUGUUGGCGAAAGCAGUGGACAAAGAAAUAAUGGAAUCAAUCAUCGAAGGAUACAAAGGAGUGCGCACCAGAGGAAUCAACAAAGUGAAAAGAGAAAGACUAGACAUCCUGUCCAAAAUGAUAAAACUAGAGAGAGCAUACAACUGUUUCAUGGCAAAAGAAAAUGUCGAUAAAAAAGAUUUAGGGGAGUGUGGAUUCGAUUGUGACUUGGCAGCAAAGUUAAGAAAUGAAAUUCUGAAAAAUUCCCUGUCCCCGAAUUCGUUGAGAGAUUUUGCUCGAAUCAGAUUGGAGAUUAAUCAAGUGCUGGAAGAGGAGCUUCACAAAAGGGAGAACGAAAAGGAGAGUUUGGCCUACUCUCCUAAGGGAGGUAACAAUGAAUUGUCGCGGGGUGAAGAGGAUUACACGAGUCGAUACGCCGCCUUUGUUAACAGCUCGAAGGAGACUUCCCAGGACAGUCUCACGUGCGCGAGUAACAACAGAAUGGCGGAAGAUGGAAUUAUCCCCAUGAGGGAGUCGUACGAACGGAACUACCAGGGGAACGCGCACACGGGAGGAAAAUCGACUACGUUGCACGAGGGGAAUCUGCAGGCAUGUGUCGAGGAAGGCUGCCAAGUGGUGGCGCCCACCAGGAAUGUAGCGAAUGGCGGUUCUGCCUUCUAUGAGGAUGGACAAAUGGACGAGCCCCGGAUAAGAGGCCACGAACGGCAUGGAGCGACGUAUGAAUCCACCCCCCCAAUGGAAAAAAAUAACUACACAAUGAGUAGUUUAGCCGCUCAGAAAAAGAGAAACAAAAAUGUUUACCUCAAUAGUAACUACACCGCAAUUUUAAAAAACGAAGACGCACACAAGUACGUCUCCUCACUGCAAAAAGAUCUCAGUUCAGUUAAUGUGAUCAUCAUGAAUAAUAAUGCCGCGAAGAGCGUCAUCAGUGGGGGAGGUUCUACCAAUCAGAGCGGUAGAGGAAGCUUUGCCAACUCGCCCCUGAAGAGUCUCGCCUACUAUGGGAGGGAGAAGCCAACCUAUAUAGAUCCAAACAAUAUGAACAAGUCAGGAAAUUUUGACCCAUGGAGUAGCACCCAUGGCAGGGAUGGGAUGGAUGGCAGAAAGGCCCAACACCUGUGGGGAAGCCCCGAAAGGAAGAACACUAGGUAUGUGGACAAGAACACAUACGCCAUGAGGAGUGGCAACAACUUUUACGACGUCGAUGGGAUGAAAAAUAAGAACGAGCAAAUGGUCCACCAAAUGAACCCUUUUUUCCGAAACAAUAUGGUCCAUGCUGCGCAGCAGCAUGUCGUUCCGGUUGCAGUUAGGGGGGGGGAUGAGGACUGCCCUCGGCACUUCUACCCCACUGUGGGGGUGACUCUCGCAGUCAGGGGGGACACCCCGACAGCCCCCUACUUCGAAAGAUAA